CACCUUGUGCCUUACCGGGAUCGGGGGGACGGGGGAUGUUCAUCUGCGUUAGUCCUCCUCCUGAGGCUGGGGCUCAGCGUGGAAGGCAGAUUCAUUUUAAAAAUAAAAGGUUCCCAAAGCAGUGCUGGGGCGGUGGUGGAUGUUGUGAGGCUGCACGCUCUCGGGAGGAGCGCUGUUUCAUUUUGCUUUUGCCAGGCUCAGCUCUCAGCAGGGCUGCCCAGCACAGCUCCCCGCUGGUCAACGCUGUGCCCAGCCAGGCUGUCCCCCUUGCCCCCCUCAGCCUCCCUGUGGCUGUUUGGGGCCACGAGCAACCCCUGAAGGCCGUCAGGGUGUGUUCCUGGGGGAGUUGUGGCUGGCCCCAGUGUUGGGCUGAAGAAGGGGGAGUUUUUCUCAAGACCUACAACGUGUCCCUCUGCUGCUCUCCCAGCCGGGAGCACCAGGCUGGCCGCAGCAGGAGCCCCGGGCUCACGGUGCAGAGCUGCCUUCGGAGGGAUCCUGGCCUGUGCAGACGCUGUAAGGAUGUGCCAGUUCCUCCCCCAGACAGGCGCUCUGCUGCAGAAAGUCCCUGCGGUGGAAGAAAAACACAGGCAAAGGGGAAGUGGAACUGCUGCAACAGUUCUCUAGAGACCGGCUGGCUAUCGGGGGGACCUUGCUUACGGUGGGCCUCGUGCUGUGGCUGCGGGGCACCGCGGCCGGUUUCCUGCAGCUGGCACGAAAGCAGAGCGUGCAGCACCCUGGUGGGCAGUAAUUUGGAGGGAGUUUUUCAUUGCCAGGGCUGGGGAUGGAUGCAGGCGGCCACAGUGAUGCAGCAAACGAGGAGGGUCAAGCAGGGAGCAAAGCCCAGGGCAUUCAGCUCCUGGUUCCAAGGGGGAAAUCCUCCAAGCUCCCUGCCUCCCAGCGAGGAGAAGACCCCAGGGAGGGAGCAGCGCCCGCAAAGCCAGCGAGCAGGAACUGAAGCCAGCAGUGGUCCUGAGCCACAGCACAGAAAGAGGAAGCAGAGGCCGUGCGGUGGGGACAGCUACAUGCCCUCCGAGGGGGGCAGGCAGUCCCAGGGCCAGAAAGGGUGGGUGCCCCCGGGGCAGCAGGGGCUGAGCCGCCCCCUAGGACAGAUCCAGCAGGGUGAGCACGGGGCUCUGCUUAGGGUCAGGAUGUAUGCGGGGGGGAGAUAGCAGGAGGUAAGGCCAGUGCAGCUUCAGAUAACUCCUGGAGGGAAAAAAAAAUAGUGUUUAGGAGAUCCGAAAGCAAAUGGAAAACGUGAUAAAGCAGAUGUACUUUGGGGAAGGCGAUCUGGCCAGCUCGAGCUCAUCGCUCCCGCCGAUAAGACUUGGACUUUGCGAUGAAGGAAGUGAGUCAGGCUGCUCACGUACGCCUCCCAUGCCUGGGCUGGCCUUUGGGACUGCCCCAGGGCUCGAGCCAAGGAGCAGCAUGCCAGCACGCCUGCGCUUGCCCCCACCACGGGUGCAGCCCAAGUCUGGCGGCCGAUGACCCUUGGUGGGUGGACACGAGUGGGGCAGCGCGUGGGACCUCCACCGCGUCCCCUCACCAGGGGAAAGCCCUCGCCCCGGGGAGCACCGUGACACCAGGACAGCAGACACAAACCCAGCUCAUGCCAGCAGCGGGAAACCAUCCCGCCCCAAAGCCCCUCCAUCCCGGCCAGAAGCACGCAUGCUGUCCCGUGCCUCCAGCACACAAUCUCCUCAUUUAUUGUUCCACACCAAAAAUCACAGUACUGGGAAGAGCCGGGCUCCCUGCAAAAAUAAAUACUCACAU